AUGCCACAUUUACUUAUAAGUACAAAAAUUCGUCUUGAACCAGGUCCAACUAUUGUUGGUGAUGAACAAACAGAUCCAGAAGUUAUGGCUUAUUUAGGAGCAAAACUUUUUCAUGAAAAAUAUAAUAUUUAUUCAGAAUAUCGUACAGAUGAUUGUGCACGUAUUGUUCUUGACAAACUUGAAAAAAUUGGUUUUCGUGUUAUAUCCAUGGCAGGUGUUGGUCAAACAUGUAUUUGGUUAUUACAUAAAGACUUAAACUAA